AUGGCGCGGCGGUGGAGCCGAGCGGAGGAGGAGCGCGUCGUCGGGCUGGUGCGGCGGUGCUCGGGUGUCCACCAGCUGAAGCAGGUCCACGCCCACGUCGUGGCCAGCGGCCAGUCCCAGAAUGACUUUGUCGCCACGAAGCUCGUCCGGACGUUCGCCGAGCUCGGCUCUUUGGAUCACGCCCGAGCCAUUGCCGAUGCCGUCCGCAAUCCCAACGUCUUCGUCUGGACCGCCUUAAUCCGAGGCUAUUCGCUGGCAAAUAGCAGUAGCUCUUGGAAAGAGGCUCUAUUAUUAUAUACUCAAAUGAGCCGAAGGCCAGGGAUAAAGCCUCUCACAUUCACCUUGUCAUCAGUAUUAAAAGCAUGUCUUCAGUUGUUGGCUUUGGAUGAAGGAGCACGGAUUCACGCCCAUGCAUUCAAGCAUGGAUUUCAGCUCGAUGCUCGUGUUCAGACUACUCUUAUCGAAUUCUAUGGACGGUGUAAGUCCUUGGUAGAAGCACGCAAGGUAUUUGAUAAAAUUCUCAGAUGUGGACUGAAGGAUGUCCAAGCUUGGAAUACAAUGAUCGCCGUGUAUGCUGAGGCGUGGGAUAUGGGUGCUGCCCGUUGCUUAUUCGAGACUAUGCCCGAGAAGAACACUUUCACAUGGGUUGAGAUGAUUGGUGGCUACGCUGAAAUCGGUCAGAUGGAUUCUGCCCUCGAGAUCUUUGAGUUGGCAUUAGCUAAUGGAGAGAAGAGCCCAGUGGUUAGCACUGCCAUGAUCACUGGCUAUGCCAAGUGUGGGGAUAUAUUGGCUGCUCGGUCGAUGUUUGAUGAGAUGACCAAGCGGGAUGUUGCUUCAUGGAAUGCAAUGAUCUCAGCUUAUUCGCAUGCCGGCCUACAUGAUGAAGCCCUGAAUCUUUUCAAGCUCAUGCUGAGUAGCACCGGCCAAUGCAAAGUGGAGCCCAACCAUGCCACCAUUGCAACCAUUGUGUCUGUAUGUGCCCAGUCAGGGUCUCGAAGUUUGGCGAAUUGGAUCCAAAACUACAUCGACCAUCGCCAUGCCGAACUAUUGAACAGCCACACAGUGGCUGCGCUCAUCGAUCUGCAUUCCAAAUGCGGAGAUAUGGACAGGGCAUAUGAUUUGUUUCGAGGGUGGAAGCGCAAGGACUUGAUAUGCUAUAGCUCCAUGAUUGCUGGAUUGGGCAUUCAUGGGCGCGGCAAGGAUGCUAUUGGAGUGUUUGAUGAAUUAAAAGAAGCUGGUUUGAAGCCUGAUGCCAUUUGCUUUGUUUCAGUUUUAAAUGCUUGUAGUCAUGCUGGCAUGGUGGAGGAGGGGAGGAGAUACUUUCAAAUGAUGAAGGAUGAGUACCGCAUUGCUCCGACAGUCGAACAUUACAUGUGUGUGGUCGAUUUGCUCGGCCGAGCUGGAUGUGUUGGUGAAGCUUAUAAGUUGAUCACUGACGAGAUGCCUCCAGGUGUUCGACCGAAUGCUGGUGUCUGGGGAGCACUUUUGAGUGCAUGCCGGAUUUAUUCGAAUGUGGAGAUUGGGGAGGACGCACUGAGGCAUUUGAUGGAGUUGGAGCCAGAGAAUACUGGAAACUAUGUGCUAUUGUCGAACUUAUAUGCGAAAGCUCGGAGGUGGAAAGGGGUAGCAAGGGUGCGGGCACUCAUGAGGAACCGAGGGAUGAGGAAGGCCCCAGGGUGCAGUUGGGUGGAGGUGGAAGGGAGUGUGAGGAAGUUCUUGACUGGGGAAGUGUAUGAUGGUAGAUUGGAGAUGGUGUUGGAACUGUUGUGGUGGGAGCUCAAGGACCCGGCCUACCAUCCUGGAAUUGGCGAGUUUAAUGAGGACACUGGGAAAUAG